UUCUACCUGAAUGUAUAAAAGCUUUCAGCUCCCGCUGUCCCUACUCCUUCUCCUUCUUCUUUUCCGAAACUUCAACAGCACCAGAGCACCCUCUACUUCCAUAGCUAAAACAGAGCAUCGAUAAUAUCUCGCGCAAAUACUCAUACAUACACAUAAGCAUUUCCCUCCUCGAACCAUCAAAGUAUGCAAGCUAAUAAUCAACAUCCUCCUUAUAUCCCACAAGACAAAAAACAUCUAACAUUUCAUACAGACAACUCUUUCAAACACAAAAACAAUGUCGUGCAGUUCAAUGAGCAUCGCAGAGCCCAACACCAUCCGCAGCGUAAUCAAAUUGCAAUGCGCAAAAUGCCAGCUCCGUGAAAAAAUCCCCUCGGAUUUCCAACUUAAACUUCAACCACAAUGGCGGGUAUUCCAAAAAGAGGUGGAAAAAGAAUUCCUCCGCUUCGAAUAUGUGAAAUACGAUCAAAAGCUGCACAGCCCGUACAAGGACUAUGAAUUCAUGGAAUUCAAGUGUCAUAACUGCGCCAGCACCGAUAAUGAGAAGAAAUUCUGCGAUUUUGCGAGAAUUGAGUUGCCUCAGGUUUUCAUUGAAGUGUGUAGGGGGUAUCUGGAGACUGAGCAGAAGGGCGUGGAAUAUGAGAGGGAAAGCGCUGUUCGCUAUUUGAAAUCUAUUUCUCAUUCUGUGAGAUCGGAUAUACAUAAGGCGUUUCAGAAGGAGUGGAAGCAAAGUUUUGAAAAGGGAAAGGGCCGGGCGUGAAUGGAUUUGAUGCUAGAGAGAGAUAAAGGGCACCACUUCAGGCUAUCGUGUUAGGGAGGACAUUUUCUUUUAAGUAGGGAAUGCUUUCCACAUCAAAAAGGAUAAGAUAUUUACAGAAAUUG